AGAAGUUGAUAACUCGAAUGUAAAGCAAGAUGUGGAAAUUAAUUCUAUUGGCGGUGGUUGUUGUUACUUCUAGUGCAACAAACUCCUAUGUGGUCGUUGCACCCUCCAAGGUCCGAGCCAACAUGGACCUGUCCCUCAGUGUCAACAUCCUCAACGCCACUGGUGAUGUCACAGUCGUAGCAUCCCUUUUACGUGAACAAACAACAGUGGUCAGUGCUACGAAAGUCUUUCAAGAAGGUUCACCUGGUACACUAAAUAUGAAGUUGCCAGCUGACCUUCCCAGCAGCACCUACACCCUGAAUGUAAAAGGAAGUGGUGGACUGACCUUUGACGAGUCAGAAAACUUGAACUACAACAAUAAGGAAACUUCAGUCUUCAUUCAGAUAAACAAGGCUAUUUUUAAACCAGGGGACAUAGUUAACUUCAGAGUUUUUGGAGUCUACUCUGACCUGAAGUCUUACACAGACCCUGUUGAUAUCUCUAUUUAUGAUGCCGACUCCAACAAAAUCAAACAGUGGCUUCAAGUGACUCCCACCAAUGGUGUGAUUGCACAAGAACUGACUCUGUCCACACAGCCGGUACUUGGAGACUGGAAAAUCUCCGUUGAAGCUGGGAGAACAAAAGAAGAAAAAGUGUUUACAGUCGCCGAAUAUGUUCUCCCGAAAUUCGAGGUGGAUGUUGUUAUGCCAACCUAUGCUAUGACCACAGACAAUGACGUCACAGUGAUAGUCAAAUCUAAAUACACCUAUGGUAAACCAGUCAAUGGUACUGCUGAUGUAUUGGUCAAGUUACAAAAUGAAUUUAUAAAGAGUAUAGACAGCAAAUACCUCCAAGUAAUCAAUGUAAAAUUACGACUGAAUGGUGAGGCCAAAGUGAUCAUCCCAAUGUCCCAGGUGAAAGCCUUCAAUCCAUAUUUAAAUCAGCGUGUUUUGAUAGUCAUUGCCAAUGUGACAGAGUCUUUGACAGGCAACCAGAUGUCAGGAAACGGAACUGUCACAUUGUAUGACAAAGGUGUCAAGUUGGAAUUCCCAGAAUCCAAUCCUAAAACUUUUAAGCCAGGCCUUCAGUACAUCGCCUACUUGAAAAUCAGCCAACCUGAUGAUCUUCCAAUAAUCUCCACCAAUGAGAAGGUUGUGAUCAACAUACGCGUAACAAGUGACUAUUUCUCUGACAUUUUAUCGGACUAUUCAACCAGUGUACUGAGCUUGGCCAUUCCAGAGAACGGCCUAGUUACCAUCCCUGUUGAUGUCCCAGAUUAUGCUACAGAUGUUUACGUUACUGCUACCUUUCGAGGGGUCAGUGAAAAACUGACACUUGAAAAAACUCAUUCCCCAAGCAGCUCGUACAUUCAAAUGAGAUUAAUGUCUGGUCCUGCCAUUAAGGCUGGAGAAAGUAUUUCAUUUGAAAUCAAAGGAACACGACCAUUGGCCACAUUAGUUUACCAAAUCCUAUCAAGAGGUGAAAUGGUCAAAACAGGAACUGUGGAUGCCAAUGGUCAGCUUGUCUACCAGUUCUCUAUACCAUCAGACCCAAGCAUGGCUCCUAACGCAAGAAUUGUUGUGUACUACGUCAGAGAUAAUGGGGAAAUUGUCACAGACAGCAUCAGUUUUGAUAUUUCUGGAGUUUUUAAAAACAAGGUAUCUAUUGACCUUGACAAAACCGAUGUUGAGCCAGGAGAUGAUGUCACACUGACUGUUAAGGCUGACCCAGAUUCUACUGCCUACUGCCUGGCCAUUGACCAAAGUGUUCUUCUGCUCAAAGGAGGAAAUGACGUCACAGAUAAUGACGUAUUCACCGAGCUAAAGGAGUAUGACUCCAAUGAAGACAAGAACAGAAAGAGUAUGGUCUGGUGGCGCCGCUUCCCUAUAGGGCUUUCUCGAAGGUGGCAAUAUCCAGUUUAUUUGGGAGGCAAUGACGCUUAUGAGAUCUUAGAAAAUGCUGGUGUUGUGGUGCUCACUGACGCUAUCGUUUUUCGCUACUGGCGACCACGUUUUCCAGGAGAAACAGAUGACAUCUCGUGGGAUUUGGGAUUAUUUAGACCGAAUCGUUUUCGAGAGUUCGACUUGGAAUUCCGCUCAUCAAUCGAUACUGAGAUAAUGACGCCGCCUAAAACCUCUGAACUGCAGAUCCCCACCCGCACACGUACUGUCUUCUCUGAGACUUUCUUCUGGUCGAAUGUCACGAUUAGUGCCAAUGGGUCAGCUUCUAUUACUGCAACAGUACCAGAUACUAUCACAUCCUGGGUGGCCAGUGCCUUUGCUAUCAACUCAGCUUCGGGUCUUGGUGUUGCACAAACUCAGGCUCAUCUUAGAGUAUUCAGGCCAUUCUUUGUUAGCCUCAAUUUACCAUACUCAGUAACCCGCGGGGAGCAUCUGGCUCUACAAGCUAAUGUUUUCAACUACAUGACUGAAGAUAUGCAGGUCCGUGUGACACUUGCCAAGUCUGACAACUUCUUCAACAUUGAAAUUGAUGCUAACGGAGCUGAAGUUUUGAAACAAGUUGAAAGUGUACAAGAUGUGAUGAUCAAAGCUGGUGAGGCCAAGUCUGUGUACUUCCCUAUUGUGCCAGCUGACUUGGGUAAAAUUGAUAUUGAAGUGAAGGCUCAGUCUACCAAAGCUGCUGAUGCUGUUAGGAGACAACUCUUGGUGGAGGCUGAAGGAGUUCCCAAAAUAUACAAUGUUCCAGUCCUCAUUGAUCUGACAGAAGGCAAAACUAGUUUCUCUAAAACUGUUGAUCUUACUCUACCUUCCAAUACUGUGAAAGGUUCAGAACUGGCCAGAAUAUCCGCUGUUGGUGACUUGAUGGGUCCAACUAUCGCUGGAUUAGAUUCACUUCUUCAGAUGCCAACUGGUUGUGGCGAACAAACUAUGGUUAACCUAGCCCCUAACGUCUACGUAACUGACUACCUUAAAUCAGUGAAUCAACUCAGUGCAGAUAUUCGAACUAAAGCUUUGAACUUUAUGGAAAGUGGUUAUCAAAGAGAACUGACCUAUAAACACACGGAUGGUUCUUUCAGUGCUUUUGGUAACCGUGAUGCAUCAGGCAGUAUGUGGCUAACUGCCUUUGUUACCAGAGUGUUCAAGCAAGCAAAAGCCCACAUCUACAUUGAUGACGAGGUCCUGAUUAAAGCUAUCCAAUGGAUGGUAUCAAAACAAAAUGAUGAUGGCAGUUUUCCAGAGCCUGGAGUGGUUUUGAACAAGAAAAUGCAGGGUCAAGCUGGCUCUGGAGUUGGACUGAGCUUGUAUGUUUUGAUUUCCCUAUUUGAGAAUGAAGAUGUUUUGGCCAACACAUUGCUGGUUGAUGAAGCCAGACAGAAAGCUUUAGCUUACGCUGAACAGGAAGUUUCUAAAACCGAUGACCUUUACAUUCUGAAUAUGGCUACUUAUGCUUUCCAACUUGCCAACAGCAGUCAAGUCCAGACAGUUCUGAAUAAACUUGAGCAGAAAGCCACAGUUAAAGACGGACGUAAACACUGGCACCAACCUGACCAACCCAAGACAACCAACACUUGGGAUUACCCCAACCCUACUAAAGCCGUUGACAUUGAAAUGACAUCUUACGCUUUGUUGACAUACGCUGCCAGAGGAAACAUUGUUGCGGGAAAGAGUAUCAUGCAAUGGUUAACAGAACAGAGAAACUCAAACGGUGGCUUCUCCUCCACACAGGACACUGUGGUGGCCCUGAAUGCCUUGUCAGACUUUGCCAAACAGACCUACAGCAACAAUUUCAAUGUUCAGAUCACCACUCAGCUGAAUGCUACAACUUCUUACACUUUCAACAUUGACAAAACAAAUUCCCUUGUGUUACAGUCUAGAGAAACACCAGAUGUUCCUUCUCAAGUAAAGAUUGAGGCCAGAGGAUCUGGUAUGGCUUUGGUUCAGGUCGCCGUCUCCUUCAAUGUUGAAUCUGAAAUCUUUGAAACAACUUUUGACCUGACUGUUAAACUAAUAGAAGAGACAAUCAAUCAUUUAUUUGUGGAAACAUGUGCCAAGUGGCGUGGCAAAGGACCAAGCAGUGCUAUGGCUGUUGAAGAAAUCGGCAUCCCAUCAGGCUUUGAGGCUGACCUUGAGAGUUUCCCACAGAUGGACAUUCUAAAGCGAAUAGAGACUCAAAACAAGAAAGUUAUCCUUUAUUUUGACCAGAUUGGAACAACACCUGUUUGCCUAAACUUCCGCGCUGUGAGAACUGGACUGAUUGCUAAGUCCCAACCUGCUGCUAUCCGAGUCUAUGACUAUUACGAACCACGUAACCAAGUGACUGCCUUCUAUCAGUCUCAGAUUCUCAAAGAUUCUACUGUAUGUGAUGUCUGCAAAGAAUGUGACAACUGUGUUUAAACUCCAGUUUCUUUGCCUCAAGGAUUGUGCAUGAAAUAUUUUUGAAAGUAUUAAAACUUACAUGUCAACGAAAUCCUAUAGAGUUAGGUUCCACAUUGCUAAACAUUUUGGGAAAGACUUUGCUGCUAAAGAAAUCUGUAAUGGUCUAUUUCUGUACAAUGUACUGUUAAAAAUGUUCAAUAAAUAUCGAAUGUUAUGUGCAAUUCAA